AGCGACCAGCAAUCGUUGGACAGAAAUGUACCGGACACCCGACCUCCCAUUUGCAAGACAUUCACGUACGAUAGAUCAAAUCUGCCGAAAGCUUCGGUCAUCAUUCCCUUCUACAAUGAGGCACUGUCCAUGUUGUUGCGCACCAUUCACAGCGUACUCAACAGAAGUCCUGAUUCAUUACUGAACGAGAUAAUACUCGUGGAUGAUUGCAGUCCAGACGAACACCUCCAACAACCACUGGCAACUUACGUCAAAUUAUUACCAAAAGUUAAGUUGGUGAGGAAUGACAAGAGGCAAGGUUUGAUUGUCAGUAGGAUGAGAGGAGCGAGAAUGGCCGAGGGACCCGUGCUGAUAUUUCUCGACGCCCACUCUGAAGCCAACGAAAUGUGGUUGGAGCCACUGUUAGACGAAAUACGUAAGAACAAAAAACAAGUUUUGCAACCAUUCACAGACGCCAUCGAUGCCAUGUCUUUGGAAAUCGGAGAACCAGGGAUUUAUCACAAGGGCAGUUUCAGUUGGGAUCUAAGGUACACCUGGAUCAAGGCCACAGAACAUGAACAGAAGGACGCCAGCGACACGGGCCUGCCUUUUUUCACCCCAACUCUUGUCGGAUGCGCUAUCGCAGUGGAUAAAAAUUAUUUCGAAGAAAUUGGAAAUUUUGACGAAGGUCUAAAGGUUUGGGGCGGUGAAAAUAUUGAGCUUGGAUUUCGUGCGUGGAUGUGUGGUGGGAAGGUGACCACCGUCACCUGCUCGCACAUGGGACACGUCUUCAAAGAGUUUCCAUACACGUUCGACGGCGAUAAGGAGGAAAUUGUGCAGAAAAAUUUAAUUAGAGUGACAGAAACCUGGAUGGAUGGAAUGCGCAAAUAUUUUUAUGCCUCCACUAGAAUUUUUUCAUAUAAAAGAGCAGAAUUGAAUGAUGAAGAUCUACAAUCGCUAAAUGAAAGAAAAUUAUUGCGAAAAAAUUUAGGUUGUAAAAACUUCGAAUGGUACAUGUAUAACAUAAUGCCUCAGUUAGAAGCGCCACCUAUGGAUUCAGUAUUUUACGGAGAAGUAACUAAC